AAGUGGACACCAGUCAUGCCCCUCUCUGUUAAUGCAGCAGAUGAAUUUCCACACACACGGCCAGAAGGACACACGGCCACAGAGAGAUGGCGACGGCGUGGUCCGGAGGGAUGGCGAGGCAGAUCCUUAUCGCCCCUCGGGGCUCUCGUAAAGUUUCCGCCCCACCGGACGGACAGCGCCGAGACAACUUUCUCCACCGCCGUGGGGAGGAGCCCAACUUGUCCGACCGGGUGCGGGCGUCGGGGCCGUGCGGAGGGAACGAGGAGGAGCUCGAGCCGGGGGGAGGGGGGAGAUGGAGCCGGGGCGUGGGGAAACCGCUCCCGCCUUCCUCCUCCUCCUCCAGCCCGGCAGCCAGGCGGCCGCUGCCUCCCUCCCGAGCCGCCGCAGCCGGGACGCGCCGCCGGGAUGGCCGCUCCGGCGGCCCCCAGCCUCUUGCUGCUGCUGGCCGGCGCUGCGGGGCUCAGCCGGGCCUUCUUCUCGCUGCCUCUCCGCGUGUCCCAGCCCGCCUCUCCCCGCGCCUCGCCGCCCGCCCCGCUGCCGCUGAGACCGGGGAGCGCCGGAGGAGGGCAGCGGGAUGCCCAGGACGAGGCGGGCGGUCUGGCCUUGGCCUCCGACCCCGCGGGCAGCCUCAACUUUUUGGCCAUGGUGGAGAAUCUGCAGGGGGACUCCGGCAGAGGAUACUACCUGGAGAUGCUGAUCGGGACCCCGCCGCAGGCGUUAAAUAUUCUGGUUGACACUGGAAGCAGUAAUUUUGCUGUAGCAGGUGUGCCUGAUCCUGAUGUCACCUCCUACUUCAAUACAGAGCUGUCAAGUACAUACAAAUCACAAGGGAUUGAAGUCACAGUUAAGUAUAGUCAAGGAAGCUGGACUGGAGUGCUGGGUACAGAUGUCAUUACUAUCCCAAAGGGGAUUGAUGGCAGCUACACCAUCAACAUCGCUACCAUUCUUGAGUCGGAGAAUUUCUUCUUACCAGGGGUUAAAUGGCAUGGAAUUCUCGGUCUUGCUUACGACACCUUAGCUAAGCCUUCAAGUUCGGUGGAGACGUUCUUUGAUUCUCUUGUGAGGCAGGCAAAGAUCCCCAACAUUUUCUCCUUGCAGAUGUGUGGUGCUGGACUGCCUGUUUCUGGAAGUGGUACCAACGGAGGUAGUCUUGUUCUAGGUGGCAUUGAACCAAGUCUCUACAAGGGUAACAUAUGGUACACACCUAUCAAAGAGGAGUGGUAUUAUCAGGUUGAAAUUCUCAAGCUGGAGGUUGGAGGACAGAAUCUUGAACUGGAUUGCAGAGAGUAUAAUGCUGAUAAAGCAAUAGUAGACAGUGGGACCACCCUCCUCCGUCUGCCCCAGAAAGUCUUCAGCGCUGUUGUACAAGCGAUAGCUCGCACAUCCCUGAUACAAGAAUUCUCUUCUGGCUUCUGGUCUGGUUCACAACUUGCAUGCUGGGAUAAAACUGAAAGACCCUGGUCCUUAUUUCCCAAACUCUCUAUUUACAUGAGGGAUGAAAACUCUAGCAGGUCAUUUCGGAUCUCUAUCCUACCACAGCUUUACAUUCAACCCAUCCUUGGAAUCGGAGAGAACUUGCAGUGCUACCGAUUUGGGAUCUCUUCCUCCACCAAUGCCUUGGUUAUCGGUGCUACGGUCAUGGAAGGCUUCUAUGUAAUCUUUGACAGAGCUCAGAGGAGAGUGGGCUUCGCAGUGAGUCCAUGUGCAGAGGUUGAUGGUUCUCCAGUGUCUGAGAUUGAAGGCCCUUUCACAACCACAGAUGUUGCAAGCAACUGUGUUUCUAGCAUAACUUUCCAUGAACCGGUGUUGUGGAUAGCUUCCUAUGCUCUCAUGAGCCUCUGUGGGAUUAUUCUCCUUAUAUUGAUCAUCCUGCUGCUUAUUCCACCACGGUGCCAGCAUCGCUACACUGACAAUGACGUGGUCAACGAUGAGUCCUCCUUGGUGCGACAUCGAUGGAAAUGAGAAACUUGAUGGUGAAACCUGGGACUUCAACAGAAUGAAGGACAAAGUACUUUGCCAAGGGGAAGAAGCCAAUGCCUCAGUCCUUUCUACAUCCAUUACAAAUUGCUGUGGAAAGCCCUCCAAAUACACUGCAUCGUAACUUUUUAAGCUUUAUUUUCUAACACUGACUCUGAACCAAAGCACUGUUAACCACCUCAUAAGUGCUACGGUACUGGAUUUGCUACUACAGUACAAUGAGCCUUUACACUCCCAAUAGUACCUUUUCUUUUUUUUUUUUUUUUAAGAAGAAAAAUCCCCUACAUCAUGUUGUUCUUCCACUCUCUGAACAAAGUUGUCCAUCCGUCUUUCAUAUAAAAAAAGAAGUUAUCCAAAUUUUCUAACUGAUCAAACCCUGACUGUAGAAAAAGAGAAAAAAAAAAUAAUAACCUUUCUUACUAAUCACAUUAAAUGAAUACUGCAUUGUGUUUACAUCAGUUCAUUUUGAAGCUGUGCUUAUGGUGCGGGGAAAAGAGAAAGGUCAGACACACGCAGCAGUCAAAGCAAGUGAGGUCAAGAAAAAAGGUGGUUUGGGUUCUUGUUCCUCAAGACGUCUGCUGCCACUUGAGGGGUCACCAUUCCCAGGUGUCAUUGCAAAAUGGUUUGAGGAGGUAAAAACUGAGAAACAAACUUGUUCAGCCUUAGCGUAAAACAAGACUACCUCUCUUAAUUCACAAGGAUGCUACCACUGGUAAGCAUGUGACUUAGAACUGGUCUUAAAACACAAGAUGUCCCAUGCAACCAAAUGUAACUCCUAUGCUUCUUAGUAGUUGAUAUUAGAGAAAUUAAUACUUAAAAUCUUUCCACUUCGAUGCAUAAAAAAGCUGUUCAGUUUCCCCCCCAUUGUGGGGUUUUGUGUGGCUGUUUGUUUGUUUGUUUUUAAUUCAGGGUGACUGAUAUUUAGGAAAGGCUGGAUUGCUUAUGUAUAGAUAUUAUAAACCUAAAACGUUCUAUUACGUCUUUUCCUAUUUUUAGCGAGUGUGUAACGAGAAGGAAUCAACAAAACUAAAAAUACAACCCAUUGUUUGCUGAGCUCAGCAGUGUAGAUGUUCAAGAGAAGUGUUACCUCACGGACAGACCGUGAAGUGAAAAUCUUAAUGCAGGCUUGUUUUUAAACAUGAGCAGCAGCUGGGGGUUUUAGUUUAGUUUAGUGUGACAGGCAAUUGAAAAAUUUCUGGACUGACUAUCUGAAUACAAACAUGCAGUAGGACUGAAAACAAUAGUGGGAGAGAUCAGGAAAGAAUGUAUUUGACCAGACCUCCACUGUGCAAGCAUAGAUCUUAACGCUGAGGUCAGAAAACAGUAUUUUCUUUGCAGAAAGAAUGAUGUUCCAUGUAUUUAGUCAGAGAGCACUGUACCUCAGCUGCUUUUCUAGAGCAUUUGCAUAGUGAGUUCAAAAGAUAAACAACGCGAGGUUGAACAGUCCAGUGAUAACAAGUCAUCUCUUUAAAAAAUAUCAGAAAAAAAAAUCCUUUGCAAUUCAAUAGCAGAGCAGUAUACAAAUCUGUGGGUAACAAGAAAGUGGUAAAAAAAGGAAGCUUAGCUCAGAAUCUCCCAAUCCGUCACCCAGAAAUUUUUCUGCCUGUAAUCCCUUCCUGCAGCUUUCUGAUUCACACUGCCUUUGCUUCUGACUCUACAGGGAAUAGGUGAAUAUUUCUUUUCUAUUAUUAUUUUUUCCAGGAUGGUGCUUUUACAGAGGUGCGCGUACUGUGUGUGCAAAUAAAGCACCGUUGUUUUUUAAA